UCUCCUCCUCUCCCCCCCCCUCACUCAUCAACCCCAAACACACAUCUUGAUCUUUCUUUUCAUAUUCCUUCUCAGAAAACGACGACGACGACGACGACGACGACGACGAGCAGAUAAGAUACAUACAUACAUACGUAGAAGACGCGAAGAUGCCGUCGGCGCCGCUCCCCGAGUUCCAAAGCUCGGUGAAGCUGAAGUACGUGAAGCUGGGGUACCAGUACCUGGUGAACCACUUCCUGACGUUGCUGCUGGUGCCGGUGAUGGCGGCGGUGUCGGUGGAGCUCUUCCAGCGCGGGCCGGGCGAGCUGGCGGCCGUCUGGCGGUCCCUCCGGCUCGACCUGGUGCACCUCCUCUGCUCCGCCUUCGCCGUCGUCUUCGCGGCCGCCGUCUACUUCAUGUCCCGCCCCCGCCCCGUCUUCCUCGUCGACUACGCCUGCUACAAGCCCCCGCCCAGCUGCCGCGUCCCCUUCGCCACCUUCAUGGAGCACACCCGCCUGAUCAGCGACGACCCGAAGAGCGUGCAGUUCCAGACGCGCAUCCUGGAGCGGUCCGGCCUCGGCGAGGAGACCUGCCUGCCGCCGGCCAACCACUACAUCCCGCCCAACCCCACCAUGGAGGCGUCGCGGGCGGAGGCGCAGCUCGUCAUCUUCUCCGCCAUCGACGACCUGGUGAGGAAGACCGGGCUCAAGCCCAAGGACGUCGACAUCCUCGUCGUCAACUGCAGCCUCUUCUCGCCCACGCCGUCACUCUCCGCCAUGAUCGUCAACAAGUACAAGCUGCGCAGCAACGUCCGCAGCUUCAACUUGUCCGGCAUGGGCUGCAGCGCCGGCCUCAUCUCCAUCGACCUCGCCCGCGACCUACUGCAGGUGCACGCAGGAUCGAACGCGCUGGUGGUGUCGACGGAGAUCAUCACGCCCAACUUCUACAAGGGCAGCCGGCGGGACAUGCUGCUGCCGAACUGCCUGUUCCGGAUGGGGGCGGCGGCCAUCCUGCUGUCGAACCGGCGGCGCGACGCCCGGCGGGCCAAGUACCGGCUGGUGCACGUGGUGCGCACGCACAAGGGCGCCGACGACCGCGCCUACCGCUGCGUGUACGAGGAGGAGGACGACACGGGCCACUCGGGCAUCUCGCUGUCCAAGGACCUGAUGGCCAUCGCCGGCGAGGCGCUCAAGUCGAACAUCACCACCAUCGGCCCGCUCGUGCUGCCCAUGUCGGAGCAGUUGCUCUUCUUCUUCACGCUCGUCGGCCGCAAGCUCAUCAACCCCAAGUGGAAGCCCUACAUCCCCGACUUCAAGCAGGCCUUCGAGCACUUCUGCAUCCACGCCGGCGGCCGCGCCGUCAUCGACGAGCUCCAGAAGAACCUCCAGCUCUCCGCCGAGCACGUUGAGCCCUCCCGCAUGACCCUCCACCGCUUCGGCAACACCAGCAGCAGCUCCCUCUGGUACGAGCUCAACUACAUCGAGUCGAAGGGGCGGAUGCGGCGGGGGGACCGCAUCUGGCAGAUCGGGUUCGGGAGCGGGUUCAAGUGCAACAGCGCAGUCUGGAAGUGCAUACGCACCGUCAAGACGCCAGUCGACGGGCCGUGGGCAGACUGCAUCCACCGCUACCCCGUCGACAUCCCGGAAGUCGUCAAGCUCUAGAAACAUCCACCAUGAAGAAGAGGAAGAAGAAGAAGAAGAAGAAGAGAAGACCACCACCACAAACCACAAAGCAAUUUUCAUUUCCUACGUACAUUAAUUAAUGCUGCUGCAUGUAAUCUCCCUGCAUGUUGAUUAGAUAAAUGUGGAGUUUGUUUACACAAAUUAAAGAAGAGUGGAUAUUACUGGGACAUAGAUCGAGCAUUGUAAUGUAAUUUGAUUUCAAUGUGGAAUAUUAAUUUGAUAUAUACAUCAUGAUGUUUAGAGAA